AUGCAUUUCUUAGCUUUAUUACCAGAAUCUAGUAAUAAUCAACCAUUUGUCAUUCCAAAUCUAUCGCCUGUUUCCCGUCCAUCAUCAAGAAAAAACUCAGAUGCAAGUGUUACUGAUUUAGACCCAUUAGAAAAGUCAUUUUUGAUAAAUGCCAUAAAUAGUAAUAAAAUUGGGGAACAAGACACUCAAAAAGAAAGAAGAAAUUCAUUGACAUUACUUUAA